UUUGUCCUGGUAGACUAAACCUAAUGGCUGUAACCCACAGGCUAAAGCUGCAAUGUGGUGCAAUGUUUUUUGCAUUGCUGGGAUGUGUUCUUACUUGUGUUAGCACUUUUGUGCCUCUUUGGAAAAACCUGAACCUAGAUCUGAAUGAAAUGGAAAUAUGGAACACUGGACUUUGGCAGACGUGUGUAGUGCAAGAUGAAGGCGGCAUGCAGUGCAAAGAUUUUGAUUCCUUUUUGGCAUUGCCAUUCCCACUCCAGAUGGCAAGGAUUCUGAUGUUUCUCUCGGAUGGUUUAGGAAUUAUUGGUCUUCUUGUUUCUACCAUGUGUUUGGAAUGUCUGAAGACUGGAGAACAAAAAAACAAAAAGAAACUAGCACUUCUUGGUGGGAUUUUACUUUUAAUUUCGGGUAUCACUGCUUUAAUUCCAGUUUCUUGGAUAGCUUAUGACACAGUCCAGGAAUUUUGGGAUGAGACAGUCCCAGAAAUUGUUCCCCGAUGGGAGUUUGGAGAAGCUAUGUUUAUGUGCUGGUUUGGCUCUUUUUUCCUAAUAUUUGGGGGCUCACUCUUGUUCUGCUCAAUGCCAUCUACAAAAGAACAACCAAGUGUUAAGUACCUGGAUGAAAAUAUCCCUAUAUCAUUGUAUCAACCUACUUCUGUACAAAGCAGAUGUUCUGAUCUGGUCAUCUAAACACCAUAGAACUCAGAAAACUUAUGGAAACUAGAACUUUAUAUUUAAAAGAACUUCUUGCAAACACAGUGAGGACAGCUUGACAGACACACUACAGAUUUACAUGGUUAUUUUAUGUGGACCUGUAUUCAUUUUAAUGUAUUUCAUUUUUUUUGUUAGCUAGUGAUACAUAUUAUACAUUCGCAUCAUUUUUGUAUUCUAUGUGGGUUAUAGUAACAAUGUUAUUUACUUACUA